GUCAUCGUGGUUCCCUGGUAGGUUGGUGGUGCAGUCACGACAGACCGGGGGAAAACAGAGAAGGGCUCUGUAGACUGUGCCGGUUACCUUGAAUUUGUGAUUCUCGUACCCUACACACUCCUCUGCCUCUGUUUCCUCCGCGCUCAGGAAUGGCUCACAACUAUAGACACCCGUCCAGGGUCGUGUUCUUGGGCGAUCACUGCGGACCGUGCCGGGUAGGGCUGGCACACCGGGCACCUGGCGUGGGAAGGUCGACGCAAAAGUCCGGACCCGGCCAGACUUCCUGCCCGCAGGGCGGGAGGCUCUGGAACUGGAUGCGCGCCAGGGGGCGUCUCCGGGCGGGAGCGGCUUCCUGGGCGCGGGCGGCACCGACAGCGGAGCGCGGGGACAGCUCACCUGGACUGGCGACAUGGAGGACGGCGUGCUUAAGGAGGGUUUCCUUGUGAAGAGGGGCCACAUUGUCCACAACUGGAAGGCACGAUGGUUCAUCCUCCGGCAGAACACCCUCCUGUAUUACAAGCUAGAGGGCGGCCGGCGAGUGACCCCGCCCAAGGGGAGGAUCGUCCUCGAUGGCUGCACCAUCACCUGUCCCUGCCUGGAGUAUGAAAACCGGCCGCUCCUCAUUAAACUGAAGACCCGAACUUCCACUGAGUACUUCCUGGAGGCCUGUUCUCGAGAGGAGAGAGACGCCUGGGCGUUUGAGAUAACAGGGGCUAUCCACGCAGGGCAGCCGGGCAAGAUCCAACAACUCCACAUACUAAAGAACUCCUUCAAGUUACCCCCGCACAUCAGCCUGCAUCGAAUUGUGGACAAGAUGCAUGACACCAGCAGCGGACUCCGGCCGAGCCCCAACAUGGAGCAGGGAAGCACCUACAAAAAGACCUUCCUGGGCUCCUCCCUGGUGGACUGGCUCAUCUCCAGCAACUUUGCAGCCAGCCGUCUGGAGGCAGUGACCCUGGCCUCCAUGCUUAUGGAAGAGAACUUCCUCAGGCCAGUAGGGGUCCGGAGCAUGGAUGCUAUUCGCUCUGGGGAUCUGGCUGAGCAGUUUCUGGAUGACUCCACAGCCCUGUACACUUUUGCUGAAAGCUACAAGAAGAAGGUAAGCUCCAAGGAUGAAAUCAGUCUCAGCACCAUGGAGUUAAGUGGCAUAGUGGUCAAACAAGGCUACCUAUCCAAGCAGGGGCACAAGAGGAAGAACUGGAAGGUACGCCGAUUUGUUCUGAGGAAGGACCCGGCUUUCCUGCAUUACUAUGACCCUUCCAAAGAAGAUAACAGGCCAGUAGGUGGGUUUUCUCUUCGUGGUUCCCUUGUGUCUGCACUGGAGGAUAAUGGUGUUCCUACUGGAGUUAAAGGUAAUGUCCAAGGAAACCUCUUCAAAGUGAUUACGAAGGAUGACACACACUAUUAUAUCCAGGCCAGCAACAAGGCUGAGCGAGCAGAAUGGAUUGAAGCUAUCAAGAAGCUAACAUGAUCUAAGGAGCAGACCAGGGUCCUCAUUGGAUACAGAUGAGACUACCUGGAGAACUGGAGUACUUUUGGGGCUGGGGAUGUGGCAGUGUUAGAGGACCUGCCUGGCAAUCUUGAGGCCCCAGGUUCAAUUCUUGGUACCGUUUAAAAAAAACAAACAAAAAAACCAAAAAACCUUUACCAUUGUACAUUUGCACCUCUUUGGAGACUGCUCAAGUUGGCUCCUCACAUGACAGUGGGGAUUCGAUUUCCUGUCUUCCUAUGACCAACUUUCAAAGCUGGACCAGCUGUUAGGUGAGCAGCAUCUUGACUUUGCUCUUCAGAACAGAAAUCUGCGUCCUUGGGGACCAUAGUAGUACCUCUCAGUUGGAACACUAACUCCGGUUUUGCUAUAUUAAAUACCCUAGUCUCAAGACAGCUCUCUUAACUGAUUUCAGCAACUCAGUAUCUCUGGGCUUAAUAAAGAUUGACAUCUGUCUCUGGUUAUUAUGGUUCUUGUAGUUCUAUGGUUCCCACAGGUUUCCAACCUGUAAGGCCCUAUGUAUUACAGAAGCUGGUUGUGGAGAAGGAAAUCUCAGGUGAUCUGUCACCAGGAUAAUGUUUCUCACGUUAAAGUGGGGGUGCUGGCAAACUGCUGACUGUUCAGAGAGAUAGUGUCUGUCUUAUACUGUAAGACAGCAAGUAUCACAAGUUGCAGAUGUCAUACUCUCAAAAUCUGUCACAUAUUUUUAAGAAAUACAGCUUUUCUAUGUAAAAUGGACAUUUAGAAAGACACGGAGCAUGCGCUCUCUACACGACAAAGAUACAAAUGGCAAAAGUUAAAUUAAGGCAUAAAACUUUGUCUAAAAAUGAACAUUGGCUGAAGUUAAGAACUUCCCCAGUUGGGAGUUAAAGUGAAAAGUCUGUAUCAUACAGUGUUUUUAUAAAUACUUUUAUUAAAUGUAUACAGUGAUCUGGCCCAUUACAGCCAGCAUUCUCACCAAGGACAAUGGCUUGGACUUUAAUAGAUAAAAUACAUAAUUUACAUUUAAGGGGAGUGGAUAUUUCUAAAGUGCCUAAGUAAAAACUUCUCUUAAAAUAGAUUUCCUCUUAAUGUCUGGAAUACCUGACCCUGAAUAGUCAGAAAUCCCAAGAACAUGUCUUUUUUUUUUUCCCUUUAUUCCUUACUUUGUAAGAGACUGCCUUUUCAAGCACCGUUUUUUUUUUUCAUUUGGCAUCUUUCCAGGUUUAAUGUACCUAGAAUUACUUAUCUGAAUUAAACUACAUUUGGCUUGAUAGCUUCCUGCUUCCAAAUUGCCAGAGCCAUGCUUCCCAUAGACAGCUACGGGUGAGACAAGGAUUCUCAAGGGUUCUAAAACAGAUGAGCAAUGGCUUGAAACAGAGCAGUGAAGCUGGCAAGGUACUAGACCCAACUCUUUUUCAUGCCUACUCACUUUGUUCUUGAUGUAAAAAAAAAAAAAAAAAAAAA